AUGUGCUCUCCUGAGAACCCCAAAAUCCUCUACAGGAACCCCAGGCUUCUCAGGUUAGCUUUUCUCCAGCUCCAUCACCAGCAGCAGAGUGGCGUUUUCUGUGAUGUCCUUUUGCAGGCAGAAGGUGAGGCGGUCCCAGCUCACUGCUGCAUCCUCUCGGCCUGCAGCCCCUUCUUCACUGAGCGCCUCCAGCAGGAGCGACCUGCCCAGGGCCGAAAGGUGGUGUUAGAGUUGGGGGGCCUGAAGAUCGGGACUCUUCGAAAGCUGGUGGAUUUCCUCUACACCUCAGAGAUGGAAGUCUCCCGGGAAGAAGCCCAGGAUGUACUGUUAGCUGCCCGCCAGCUUCGAGUCUCAGAGCUGGAGUCGCUACAGCUGGAAGGUGGAAAGCUGGUUCGGGCAGCACAGGGCAGACGCUUAAAUCGAGAAUGCUUGCAGCCCCCACCUACUGCCCCAAUCUCCGCCCGGGUGGUCGGGCCUAGCCGCCAACCCCAAACUCCCCUGCCUCCUCCCCAGGCUGCCUGUCCCCCUGAGGCCGGGAAGCUGAAGCUUUUGGGGAAAGAGGAGGAUCCCCAGGAGGAAAGCAGAGGGCAGGGCACAGAGAACUUGUCAGAGAUGUCAGGCCCCUUCCCCAUUAAAGGGAAAGCCAGGAUCUGCCCUCCCACACAAACGGAAAGCUCUUCACCUAAGAACCAGGGUCAAGGGCCCAAGGAGAACAGGAGGGUGCCGGGCCCUGUAGCUGCUGAGCUUUUCCCACCCAGCCCCAUUGUGGAUGAACCUCUGUUGCCCAGGAAGAUUAGGCUAAGCCGCUCAAAACUCUCCCCUGAUGUUUGUCCAGCCAAGUCCAUCAGUACCGUAACAGGAACCAGUACAGCACCCACGCCACCCAGCCGCCGUCUCUGGAGGCAGAAGACUUUGAGCAAGGAGGUCACAGAAGAGGAGCAGGGGCCAGGAAAAGCCAGCCUUCUGGAGGGGACCUCUAGUCCUUCCCUUCCAAUCAAGAUGGGUGGGAAUAAGAAGCGGAGCCCUGAAGCUAGGGCACCUAGCUCAGACUCUGCAGAGGAAGGACAGGUUGGACGGGUCAAGCUUCGGAAGAUUGUCAAUGGCAGCUGCUGGGAGGUGGUCCAGGAAUCGCCUUCCAGGGAUUCUCAAGAGAGCCAACAGACCCCAGGGCUGGGGGGAGAAUCCGGAGAGGAGACUCAGGGACCUGGGAUGGUCCUCAUGGAAGAAGAGGAUAAGCCAUCUGUUGAAAUUGGUCUGUGCCCAUUGAAUUCCCCAGCUUGUUCCAGGCUCCAGGAGACACUGAUGCCUACCAGUCAGUUUCCAGACCAGGCAGUGGUGAAAUCAGAAUUUCCAGACAUCCCUGAUAUGGUAGGGAAAGCAGCUCUGUUGGGUGGAGAUUGCAGAGAGCCGUAUGAGUUUGUUCCUGCCUUGUUGGGUCAGCCUUGUGAGGCAGAGGAAUACCGAAUCACCAGCGCUGCUGCAACCAGCGAGCUAGAGGAAAUCUUGGACUUCAUGCUGUGUGACUCGGACAUUGGCCCUUCUGUAGAUUCCCUGGAGAGUCCCAGGGCUGGAAACUCGAGAACUCCCACCUAUCCCCUGACUGAGCCCGAUAAGAACUGGGUAGAAGGAGAAGAGUGGUGUUUACCAGACGUGGAGCUGUGGCCAAGAGAGUUUGCUGGAUUGGAGAAGGACUCGGUUAAAGUCAGAGAGGAUAAGGGGUCAGUAGAGCCUCUUAGCCCCCUUGUGGCCUCUCACGUGAGUGAAGGGGAAGGACUAGCUGUGUCCACCACAUGGACUUCAGAGCCUGGAUCUACCAGCCCCCAACCAGAAAGGCAGGGAGAAAAAUUACUCUGCACAGGGUCUCCUGUCCAUUUUCAUGCACCUUAUGGAGACUUGUCGCCUCCCUGCUCCAGCUGGGUGGAUGCUAGUUUUGGGAAACCCUCUGUCACUGAUGAUACUCUGUACCCUGAAGGAGACCCAGUAGUGGCAUGCCCAGAGAUCAAGGAAGAGGAGCUUGAUAACUCAGAGAAACUGGGACUGUCUCCUGGUAGCCUAGAGGAAGAGGGGGAGAUUGAUGUAGUGGACUGGACGGCACAGGUCGGGCAGGUGCCCUUCCAUGGCCUCUCUGUGUGGCCUGACCCCUCCUCGGAAUCAGAAACAGAGGUGGAUGUCUUGACGUAG